AUGGACUGGAUAGAACCAAUCUCCUCUCUCCCUAGUGGAAUCAGUAUGGGUGCAGUUGCUGGUACCACGGACGGUGGAUUUGGAGGCUUUGAUGUCAGCUCCUGGGAAGUCUGGUUGAAAGGCGACGGCGAGGUCAAUUGGGACACUGUCUACAUGUUUGGGUACAAGGCCAUCGAUGAGCUGAGUCAGAUUGGCAAGGCAUUCACCAAGUCCUUCUACAACAUGUCAGACACCAAGCUCUGGUCUUACUUUGACGGGUGCUUCGAGGGAGGCCGUGAGGGCUGGAGCCAGGUCCAGAUCGGGGCUGAUCUUGAUGGUGCCGUCAUUGGCGCACCAGGCAUGCACUUCUCGUUCCAGCAGAUUCAGCACCUGUGGUCUCAGUUUGUGGAGUACCAGCUCAAUCACUACCCGCCGUAUUGUGAGUUGGAGAAGAUUGUCAAUCUCACGACAGAGGCCUGUGAUCAUCUCGACGGCCGAGUAGACGGAGUGGUCGCUCGCACUGAUCUAAUGGGGACUGUGACUGCAGAGGGUGUGGCUGUCGCUCGGGAGAUCCUCAAUGGCGCGCAUGACAACCUUGGUCGACGAAUUUACGUGUCCUACCAACCUACAGCGGCAUUCCAAGACGCUUCAGCCCAGUGGGUUGAGAUCGGGCUGAACCUCUUGACCAACGUUUCUGCUCUUUCUAGCUUCGAAGGCACGACGUGGCCUGACCUUUCAGUCUGGCACAACGCCGGCGGCAAAGUUCUGCAUUACCACGGCGAGUCAGACCCCCAGGUUCCAACCGCUGGCUCGGUCCGUUACUUUGAGUCGGUCCGAAGCGUCAUGUACCCCGGUCUCUUCUAUAACCAGAGUGUUGUAGAACUCAACAAUUGGUACCGUCUGUUCCUCAUUCCUGGUGGCGCUCACUGCGGCGCAAAUAGCCUUCAACCCAACGUACCUUGGCCGGAGACUACUCUGGCCACCCUGAUCGAUUGUGUUGAGAAGGGCAUCGAGCCCAAGACGCUUAAUGGAACCAUUCAGUCUACUGGUGCUCAGCAGCAAAUCUGCGGCUGGCCCCCUCCGUCCCUCGAUACCUGGAAGUACGACCUCAAUGCUUUUAAGAUGCCGAUUCUCUGA